CAAACACUAAGUGCGAUCAAAUGUUGAUCGGCUUUCACAUAAUGUAGAGGAUCUUAGAGGAUUAUUCUCUGAUGGAAUAGGUAAUUACAAAAACAUCCUCGAGGACUGCUGUUAGUGAACCAGGGCCACAUAAGAUUCCUCCUAGGAUUAAGGAAAAUGUGAAAUACAGCAGUAUUCAGCAAGUGCCGCAUGAGAUUCCUCCUAGGAUUAAGGAAUAUGAGAAAUACAGCAAUAUUCAGCAAGGCAAACUCGUGUGGAUAUGCAAUUUCGAGCAAGCACCCAAAUCGUUAAAAGCCAUGAUAGAAAAUAUGUUUGCUCCAUGUAAACCAGCAUUCAAGAAACAGCAUCACAUGAUGGGGACUUAUCCGGGCAAAUCCUGCAAAUAUCAGAUAGAGUCUGAAUUAACAAAAACAGACAACACCGAUUGCUUCAUUUGCAUAGUUUCCUCGUACGGCAAUUAUUACAAUAUUUGCUAUGAAGGAAAACCGGAUCGGGACGAGGAAAGUAUCAGUACACUGGUAGAUAUUGACAACAACCUUCCGGGCAUCAAUGCGAAGCUGGAAAACAAGCCGAAGAUUUUGAUUCUCGAUUUGUACCAGAAAGGUCAAAAAAAAGUUUGAGCGACAGUGACGUGUUCAAAGUCCACAAGGACUGGCUGAUUGUCUUGGUCAGGCAUGAAGAGAGUACGUUCUUCAUAGAAACAUUGAAGAACGAAAUUGGUGAAAUGCAUGACAAACUCGACCUUGUUUCAAUACUAGAAAGAGUCAGAUGUAGAAAUGAAAAAAUGAAAAUAAUCCAUCGGAUGCCACGAAAGUUCUUCUUAAGCGAUGAAUUGGAGUCGAUAGAAACAAAUAAUAUGUCAUAUUUCGACAUAAAUGGGAUCAUUAGAUGUUGUUUCUUCGGAAGCAAGCAUUUUGACGAUGCAGAUGCAGAUGAUUUGCACGGAAUUGAAAAGGACAGAGCACAUGUUCAUGAAAUGAGCAAUGAAUUUGUUUACACUUCAUACCCACUGGAUAAUGACCGAAAAGCGAAAGAGGCUUUCAAAUUUCAGUUGACAAAAAAAGAGGAUACUGGGUGCCAUAUGUUUGUAUUUUCGUCGCAUGGCGAUUCCGAAGGGCUUUUCACAUCGCAAACAGAUAACAAAGUAAAGUUCAUUGAUUUGAUAAAGAUAGUGCGUGCAUUGGAGAAGAACCUUCCAGUUGUACUCGUUUUUGAUUGCUGUAGGAUUGAAAACAAAGGUUAUUUUGGAAAAAGUUUGAGCGUUUCGAAUAAACUACUGCAAAUGAGAAACAUCAUAGUUGUAUACGCAGCUGUCGAGGGCUACACGUCGACCAUGUUUGAAACAACUGGUUCCGUUUUAAUCAAAACGAUGUUCGAAGUCAUCGAAAAACAUCGACUUAAAUCCGACUUCCUAACAAUGAUGGAAUGUGUUAACAGAACGAUUUGCGAGCCGUGCGAGAAUGACUAUACUGGUUGGAACCUACAGACUUGUGUUGAAAUAGACAGUCAGCUGGAAAAGAAGCUUUUCCUUUUCGAAACGGAAACAGCGACCAUCAAUGCAAAUGAACAAGAACAAAAGGAAACGGAGACGGUCGCCUUCUAUGCACAGGCAACAGGACAACAAGAAACUAAGGCUCAAGCACCAGGACUAAACAAACCUAGACAAGAAGAUGAACCUAUCAAUAUAGGAGUGCAAGGUUUGGUCAUGCAACCAGGGCAGAUAAAAAGGAGGCGUUCAGUUUGAAUAGCAAUACCUAUUUUUGUUGUUGUUUUCAUAUCUCCAGACGUGUUUUAAACAGUGUUAUCAAGAUUGAACAAAAGUGUGUAAAUUGUUGAUUGAUAGUGAUGUCCUGUAACUAAAUUUAUAUUGCUUCACUCCGUACAUGAUUCACAAUUUAAAUAAGAAAUACAUUUACAACGUAUGUUUCCGAUAAAAAUGAAUCUAUAUGCAGAACUACCAGUUUGAGGACAAAAGCUACCAAAUGCAUGAUUGCAACAGCAUUAAUUGCAAUAGAACACUAAAAAACAGUUUUGAAUUCACGGUUUUUAUAUGUAUAACGUAUAACAACGUUAUCGCAUAACAUUAACAAUAAAUUAGUUUUGCCUUAAUCGUGUGCGUACGCUCUAACAUUAUGAAAUGUACGUAUUGUAAUACAUUAUCAUUUAUGUCACUUGAAUGUUAUUUUAAAUUUUUAUUUUGUUGUUGAUUUUUGCAGCAUUUACAAUGGACACUCAAUGUGUAAUGCAACUGACACUCGUGGUUAAAUCUACGACCAUUGUUUCCUAAUGCUGAAUGUUUCAGACUGUGUUUUCAUGCAUCGAUUAUAUAGCAAGAAUACUAUUUUUUUAAACUAUAUAUAUACUCAAGACAUUUGAUACGAUAUGUUUUUAUAUAUAUUAGCAUAUGUAAUUACCAAAACCUACGUUUAAAUCUACGAUCAUUGUUUUCUAUGCUGAAUGUUACAGGCUGUUUUUUCAUGCAUCGAUUAUAUAGCCAGAAUACUAUUUUAAAACUAUAUACAUAAUCAAGACAUUUGAUACGUUAUGUUUAUAUAUAUGUAUUAUUAUAUGUAAUCACCAAAACUGAAACACUGCAGUACAGCAUACUCGUGCGUACACGUAACGAAUGCAAUACUAAUGUUAAUAUCCCAUGAACAUCGGGUUAUACUAGAAAUCAUCACAAAACAUUGUUUAUAUCAGGACACACAGUCCUACCUUUUUGUUUUUCUGUAGAAUUCUAAUUACACGUAUUAUAUUGAUUAUUAAACACGGUAAUAACAAAUAAAGAAAAUAUAUAACAUAAACGAAGUAGUGUUUCAUUUAUGUUGAGGUCAUAAACAUUAGCUAUAUUGUUCAUAUGAUAUUCUUUGUACGUAAAUAAUCAUUACAUUUAAUGCCACAAUUUGUUUUCUUCGAUUGAAUUGGGCCUGCCAAAAUAGGAGCGAGGAGCGAACAUGUAAUGAUAUAUAUAUUUUGCCAGUUGAGCCUACAAUACUUAUAUCUUUCAUCUCAAAGUACAAUAGUAGUCUUAAAUCGCUGUUUGCUAAUCGUAUUCCCGAUCUUUAUGACGAUGUUUUAAAGAAAAUUCGUAAAAUUAAAAUGUUACCAGGAGGUUGUUGGGCAGAUAGACUCAAUUAACUACUUGGACUUUAUUUAAACCUUGGAUAUAAUGGCAAUAUUUUGAAGAGCACUUGCCUUCUAGUUUUUGAAGAUGAAUUUCUGAAACAAAAUAUAGGGUUGAAUCCUUAUAUAACAAAUUCUCAGUCCUUUGAUUUUAUGAAGAUUUUGCUAAUUUGCUAAUUAAUGUUAUCUUUAAAACCUUUUAUGUCUGACUCGGAGUGUUUUGGCAUGUGACUUCAUUUUCUUCAAAUAUUUUACAUUUUCAAAUCAUUUGGAAGAAAAGAUAAGAUAAUGCAUGUCGUUUUUAUUUUUAAUAAUGUUUUCUGUAUUUGUUUCAAGUUUUUGUACAAUGAUGCUUUUUAUUAUGAAACUCUACGAUCACACAGUUUAAAACCUUUUAAUAAGGCAGUGUGUGUGAUGUUCAUAGUUUCAAACAAUCACUUCGGGUUAUCUUUGAAAAGUUUUUGCAUUUGGUGCUCUGAAUUGUAGAUCUCUAAUCAUAGAAGGACUUGGGGUUUACCUAUAAGUUUAUUAUUAUUUGUUUUAUUGUUAAGUUUCCUUAAGUUAAUGCAUACUUUGAUAAGAUUUACCUUUUGCGUUUUAUCUCUAUUAAGGAUUGUCGGGAUAAAAGUGAGGCUUGUGUACAUAAACUGGUUUAAACCCCCAGUAAAUUUACAUUUUACUGACCGUUCCAAAGCGGUACCUAACAAUGCUUGAUAAACAUAUCUAGUAUUUUUAUAUAGUAUGUAUGCACUGUGCUGCUUGUGGAGUUUUGUGCUGUUCGUCCAUGUUUCUAGUUUGUGAUUUUAUGUUAUAUGUCUUUGGCGUUUACCUAGUGCCAAUAAACCGGGUUUUUGUUUAAACGUUUUUCUACUGAGCUUGUUUCUGUAGCUGUUCGCAUAGAUAUGUAUUUGAAAAAUUAUGAAUUGUUGUACAAUAAGAUAUUUUAUUGAUAUUUGGAUUAAUACUUCAUAUUUGGGUUCGGUGAAUCCGACAAUAUAUACAAUUGCUGUGUCCUUAAGAGUUUAACAUUUUUAUUCUAUGUGUUGUUUAAUAUAAAAAUACCGACAUAUCACGAACGUGCUUAUUUAAUGGAAGGACUGAAACAAAAUCUUUAAUGAUAGAUGCAUAAAUCUCAGAAGGUCAUAUCCCGUGUUUAGUUACACACAAGCUGUGUGAUCAUUGAUCGAACGAAUUGGCAUUUUACUAUUUUCAUAAAUCAACGUUAAAAUGAAAAAAAAUGAAACUUAAACUCAUUUAAUCAUGUUUGAUUACUUUUUACUCUGUUUGGCAGUAAGAUGAUGCUUUCUAUCGUUUAUUAUUUGGCUGAUUAUUACAUUGAUUUGAUCUUAAUAUAUACUAGAUUUUAUAUAAUUAUGAUGGUGUGUGUUUUGGUAGAAAAUGUAGUGAACUAUAUACCUAAUAAAACCUACAUCUAGUA